CAUCACGUCGUAUACUCAGGACAUUAUGUCUGAGUGCAUAACACUGACAUGAGCAAGGGAGGGGCUGCCGCAAAACACACCGAUAGAAUGAAUGCAAAGAGCCAAAAGAACACUUCCUGUUGAUGCAAAAAUUGCAGCAGCAACUGUCUGACACAUCUGGACUGGAGAGGGGGAGGCCUGGCUGUAGUGUAAGCGAACUACUGAGGGGAAUGGACAACGUGUAAUGCUCAUCUGCAAGACGGCAGCCAAACUGGAGAAACAUAUCCAAGAGAUGGACGACGGCAGCUACAUCGAGUUCGAUGUGCCGGAGUUCAGUAACACUGUUCUGACCCAGCUCAAUGAGCUGCGGCUGCAAGGGAAGCUGUGUGACAUCAUUGUUCACAUUCAGGGCCAGCCAUUUCGAGCCCACAAGGCUGUGCUGGCAGCAAGCUCGCCCUACUUCCGUGACCACUCGGCUCUCAACACCAUGAGUGGCCUUUCCAUUUCAGUCAUCAAAAACCCGGAGGUCUUUGAGCAGCUCCUUUCGUUUUGCUACACAGGUCACAUGUCCCUGCAGCUCAAGGAUAUCAUCAGUUUCCUCACUGCUGCCAGCUUUCUGCAGAUGCAGGCCAUCAUUGACAAGUGUACCCAGAUCCUGGAGAGCAUCCACUCCAAGGUCAGCCUCCCGGUUGAUGUUUGUAGCCCAGGCAAGGAUGACUUGCAGACCAGCAGCAAUGGGGUCAAUGACAGCAACCUCUUUGUAAACCCGACCCAGAUCUCCCCCCCUUACUACUCCCGGCAACCUCAGACGGGACACGAAGCGCGCUUUGAGCUGGCAGGAAAGGGCCCGGGCCGGGGUCGCCAGCAGCCAGAGGAAGGCCAGUCGGACCGAGGCAGUAGCGACAGCGUCUCUGAGCACGAUGCUCCCAUGGAGGCAGAAACGGAGCAAGUGGAACUGAUCGGCAAAGAUGGGCAAGUAACAGAUGUGCAUGUGAAGAUCGAGAAGACCGACAGGCCCACUUACUCCGAUAGCUCCUCAGCCGGCGACGAUGGCUACCAUACAGAGUUGGUAGAUGGGGAGCAGGUGGUGGCUGUCAGCGUGGGUUCUUAUGGUUCUGUCAUCCAGUCUGCUGCCUAUUCCUACUCAGGGCUGUCCUCCCCUUGCUUCGUCAACCUCACCAACUCCAGUCCUUCCCGCUCCAUGCUCAGUGGCUACAGAGGUGGACGGGCCAGGGCCAAGCGCCCCGUGGCCAUCCCAGCAGGAGUGCUGAGUCUUCUCAAACCGGGCUCAGAUGACAGCGAAUCAGCUGUGGGAGCCACGGGGUUGGAGAAUGACGUGCGAGAGCGUAGCCUGCGAAGCCAGUGGUACCCCUACAACGAGAGACUCAUUUGCAUGUACUGCGGGAAGACCUUCAACCAGAAGGGGAGCCUGGAUCGUCACAUGCGCCUGCACAUGGGCAUCACACCAUUUGUUUGUAAGUUCUGUGGCAAGAAGUACACGAGGAAAGACCAGCUGGAGUACCACAUCCGUGGCCACACGGACAACAAGCCCUUCCACUGUCAGAUAUGCGGCAAAUGCUUCCCGUUUCAGGGCACCCUUAACCAGCACCUGAGGAAGAAGCACAUGGGAGCAACGGACGGGAGCAAUCAUGUAGACUCUUCCAAAAUAACGGCGGGAAGCACAGGUCCGAAGGACCGAGCGGAUACGACUGAGGCGAUGGCCUUUGAGGCGCAAUAUGCAGAAGAGGCACCGGCCCCGAAUAUGGAGGAGAGUUCAAAAUGCAGUCCCGAUUUUUAGCUCCAGCUUCAGCUUAAGGAAGCUUCAAGAAAUGUUUAUCUUAACUCAACUAAAGGACCUUUUUUUUCUUUUUGAAUCGGCUCCCUCUACUAAAGACAUUUCUUGCGUCAAGGGUUCCUGUCAAUUUAGUGAAAUUUCGAUGUUGAAUGCUGAGAGUAAAUGGGUGCUUUAUAGAAAUUUGAUUAUUUCAAGCAAAGGGAGUAACGACUUACUAUUUUCGAGGAGGUCCCAAUAAUCAAGACCCCCUGAUUGAUUUCUCUUUUUAUCUUUCCAUGUUUUUUAAAACAUAUUUACAGAGUUAUAUAGGCAUGUUGCAAUAACUGAUAAUGUGAAAGCUCUGGUAAGAUGCUUGUCAUAUCACCUUUUUACCUGACCUGUUUUUGCACAUGUGGCCACAGGAGGUCACUUACUCACAAGGAAUGAUUUUUCUGCCAGUGCAAAGCUUCGUGUGACAUAUCCGUUCAAUACCUCAAGAUGCAACUACACACUCAUAAGAGACAGUAUUUUAACUUAAAUGAAACUCACCAGGUUCUACCUCAUAGCCAAGAACCUACUAGGCACAGCUGUGUUUACCGUUGGAAAUCUGUUUUCGGUUGUAUGUGCAUUAUCUUAUUGCCAAACCCUGUCAAGAAUAUUCUCUCAACACAAAGCCUUGAUACUUCGGGGAAAUAUUCCUUGCUGAUUGUAUGGAUCAGGGACAUAGUCCCUGCAAAGUAUUUCAUGGUCAGCCAGGAUUAAGAAGGUGCUAUGUUUGGAGGACAUGACUUGUGCUAGCUUCCUUGUGUUUGUUUUUGGCCAAUGCAGACAAUAGAGUAAGAAAAUGGCCCGCAUUUAUUUUGCCGUCUUAUAACAUUUGUUCAACACACAAGAAGUUUGUCUCCGAUCACGACUGGAGAUCUCUAUCCGUCGGCCAAAGGGUGGUUCUAGAUACCGUCAUCCAUGGGAUGGGUGAAUUACGUCCAACCGCAAAGUCAUUUUAUUCCUCUAUACUCUGAUGGCAGACUUAUUCUGAAUUAUUGUACGUGUAAAUUGUUUAGUCCUGAGGCUUUUAGGUCAAUCCUCGGCGCCUGUCGGAGACGGGAGUACUCAUUGUCAACUCGGCACAAUAAGAACAGCUCUGUAUCUGUUCACAUAUAUCAAUAUAGUAGACUAGUCUGAAUAAUAUGCAAAUAGAAAGAACAAAGGAAUCUCAGCCAUUUUGACAUGGUUUUUCUUCCAUUAUUUGAAAGAGCUAUUGGUUCCUCUCCUUUUUUUUCUUCCUUCCGUCCCACCUUUUUUACGACGGGACGAUUGAUCUGCGAUCCGUUCUCUGCAUCGGUCGCGGUCAAAUACAGACUUGGAACAAGUUCUCCUCAUUUGUCGAUCCUACUUCAUGGCGGCGACACAGACGGGCCAAAGCUAGGCUAAUAGCUAAAGGGCGUUGGCGAUCGCUGCCGAUCCAAAGUAUUGAUGCACUUUGCAGAGUUCAGUGGGCGUCGUGCCGUUGAGAAGACGUGCUCAUUUCUGUCUCAAUGCCGACGCAGUAGUGCUCGCUUCACAGCAGUGAUCCUGCUCCCGAGUCAACGCUGUGUGAACUGAUGAGACUCUGCAGUCCCAUGAAUGCUAUCGGCUUCAAGUCAUGCAUGGAAAGCAUUUUAGCGAUACCGUUUUUACCCUGCGGCUCAGGGACGGGGGUGUAGUUAGUACAUAUAGACUUGGGUUUAAUUCCAUUGAGAUUUCAAUGAAUCUGCUUUCAAAGUAAAUACAAAAAAGGCACUUAGAAGGCCUGAAUGGUUAUCUUGUGAUGUUUAAGACAUGUAAUGCUCAGCUGGGUGGUCCUCUUUGUGCUGCCAUCCAGCCGUUUAGCACCUUUUCUUUUUGAAGAGCACCUGCUCUGUGCUUGUAUUUUCGUCCCACCUGGUCCAUGCUGAAUUUGUGUCAACGCAUUGGGUUUUCAUUCAUUUACAUUUUCCAUAUAAUUUUCUACUUUGUGUGCGUUUUCGCAGGUGAAUGUCGUGUUUUGUCGCUUAUGUCGGUUGUCGAGAGCGCAGUCCCUUCUUAUUCCACUGAAUGUGCGCUCAUCGUCUUCACUCAUUGACAGCUAAGAAAGCAAACCAAAAUAUAGGGACAUUUUGCAAAAAUCUGUGUAGCUAGCUUUUCUUUAUCUUUGUAUGUGAGGAUUUAUCACAAACACUUUUGGUCUUCACGCCCACAGGCCGUCAACAGUAGAGCGUUUCCUACGUGUUAUCGUUUCCUCCCGGCGACCGCUGCCGUCGUCGGCCGGUUCGGGAGCCGAUGUGACAUCACCAACAUCAGUAGCUGACUAAUUUGAUUCGGCCUCUGAUGAUUCUUGCCAUUCACCUAAAAAAGAAAAAAAGGACGACGUGCAUACCUCCUUGUCAGUUGGGUUUUGUGAGUCACGGGUACAAACUGCUAAAAGGACUUUGUGCCAAUAGUUCACACCAAAGACUAAUAGGUGAUUUUUACCGUACAUUGUGACUGUCUAGCAUAAUUGAAUGCUCAGUUGUAAGACUAUGUUCUUAAUUUAAUGUAGGACUAGUUCAUUGCUCUUUGUAAGGAGUGUACGUUUCCCAGCUUUAUAACAAUCACUUGUGUAAAAUUUGAACAAUUUGCUAAGAAGACAUUAAGAAGUGAAGUCAUAAAUGACAUAAUAUAUUAAGCCAUACAAAAGCUGAUGAUAUAAAAGGUGUGCAAUAGGUAUUGUAAUUGUUUAAAGCCAGAGAGAAAAUACUUUACAAAAAGUGGCAUCUUGAACUUCGUGCCUUGUCACAAGCUUUACAUUUUAGAUCCUGGCACUUUGAUUCCUGUGCCUCCUUCAUUUUGUAAUGGAUUGACUUAAGAGAUUAGGAUAGAAAUGGCCACAUAUUUUAUUGUAAAGUGUUACUGAGGAUGAAUAGAAAUCAUUUCAUGUCAUUCUUGUCCAUGAUGUUGUUUUUCAGCUCAAGUGCUGCUCCCUCACUUUUGCAUUUUUAUCAUUCAACCUUAUUUUGUUUGUCGUCACAGAAUGGAUUUUACGGUUUAACUGAUUUUGUAGCAAUCGAUUACAAUCAAAUGAGGCCGACUUGUUGCCCCGUGUUCAGAGACGACACCGUUUCCCUCCUCCAACCACGGAGGGCAAUCCUAACAAUGUGUGGCAUUCCAAUGUCUGAAGGAGAUGCGUGAGAAACACAGAUCUACUUCCUCUCUGUUCUCUUGGAGCGUCUGUCGGGGGAACAGCUGCGUUCAUAUUUAGCAGAUAAUUAACUGAAUAUUUGGGGAGAAAAACGGAACAAGCUUACCCCCAUAUACUGGAGCUGAAUUGCACAUUGCUCAAUCACAAAAUUGUAUGAAAUUGCCAAUGGAUAAUUCUGUAACUUUAUUUUUGUAUUUGGGUCAUCAAUUGUGCACUUAGGUUUUUUUUUGUUUUGUUUUUAGUUUUUGUUUUUUAGUAAAUGCCAAUUCCAUCCGGGAAGUUCAGUUCAUCUCUGUAAUUACCCUUAAUUAAGAGAUUCAGCUAUAAUGUGUUCAACCACUUUGGGAGGGACCUUUUCUCCAUAAAUGGCGCUUUUAGACUAGUCCGAUUUUUUUUAAACAAAUCGAUGUAAUCAUCAUAGGUGAAUGGAGGGGAAAUUGUUUUAAUGCUUUUCAUGAACUAUAGUUACUUAUGUGAUACACACACCUACACAACCAACUGAACUUGACACACUCAAAUCGACUCUUAGUUCCACACUUCUAAGAAGAACGGGAGAUGCAUUAUGGGCCACAAGUAAUCAAAAGGAAGCGUUUACAGGGAAGGCUGUCAGACUACUUUUUGAAAUUGCAGCUCAUCCUAUUCUUUUUAUAAUAAACUCACUUCAGGUAGUUUACAAACACUGAUACAGGCUUAGAAAAAAAUCUUACGUCUUCCAUAGCUUUUCCGUCAGUUUCUGUCCACUGUGUAUUAUAAGAAAAAGCAAUAACCUUUUUAAAAGUGGUGUAUUGGGAUCAUCAAGCCUAUUGAAAUAUUGGCCUGUCAUAUAUCAAACAAACUGAAUGUCAGGGAGCCGUCGAAUGGAAAUAGGAUCGGGACGAUUUGAUAUCGAUUUCAUUUUAUAUAUGUUUUCUGAAACUUUGGACGGGUUGACUUUCCUCUUCGGAAGAAAAUAUAUAGAAAUGGAAACAAAGGCGGUGUUGCCUGCUUGUGUUCUAAAUGCUCAUCGCGACCCAGUGGUCGUCGGUAAACGGCAACUCAAGGACCGAGUGUGUGGUCCAGUCAUCAAACUCAGUAGCACCGUUUAGACUUGUCCGAUAAUGAAAGGGAUGUCCGGCUCUCCGGCCAGUGUUCGGGAGCCGGCUGACCGCGGUCACGUCGGGGUUCAGUGGUUUCCUUCGGCUCCACGCCACGGAGACUAGUUGUAGUUGUUCUGGCCAAGGGGGGUGUUUUCAGUCAAGCUAUUGUUUCUUUUGCUUUUUACAACUCCCUCAACUCUGCACUAUAAUGUCUCUGGCUCAUAUGUAUUUGGUGACAAGUCAACACAAACAACAACUUAGAACUCAGGGUAUAUAGUGUUAAAAGUGGUCUCAUUGGACAUACUGCUUAUGUCCGUAGUAUAAUUGUGCACUUCUCUUCAGGUGGGGAGACAAUUCCUCAGUCAAUGGUUCCCAAACAAUCUGCCUCAAUGUCUCAAUGAGCCCAUAGUUCCCACCGAGCUGAAGCUCGAGGAGCCCCGGAGACCAUGAACUGAGCCGCGAGAUCAGAAAAGGCCCGACCCCCGUUUUGUCCUCUCUACACACAACCUCACAACCCAACUGUGAACCUCAGAACUCUACUGUUUUGUACAUCUAUGAAGUAAAUGAAGCUAGCUAGAGCUGUUGUAUCUAUUGCCAUUUAUGAAUUUAUUUUAUAGCAUGAAAUAAAAUAUAUUUAUUCAAAUUAUAUAUUUUACUCAUAAUCAUUCUGUGCUGCUUUGUUUUUGGUUUUUAAGCUUGUAAAUUGCUUUUUUAUUGUAUAAAAAAUGUCAAUAUAAUAAUGCGUUUGUAAAAUAAAGACGCUCGUUUGGCUCCGA